AUGAUUCGAAAACAAGCGCGCCAAAGGCGCGACUACCUGUAUCGCCGAGCGUUGAUGCUGAAGGACGCAGAGACCAACGAGAAGAAGGCCGCUCUGAAGUCUGCUCUUGCUUCAGGCAAGCCAUUGGAUCCAUCCAUUGCGAAAGACAAGAGCCUGAGAAAAGACUACCAGUAUGAUGAGUCGCGUCCCGAUCUCACGGUCAACGAGGAGUUGGACCUCGACGAUGAGUACUCUCAACUGAGCGGUAUUCAAGAUCCUCGAAUUCUGGUCACCACCAGUAGAGAUCCCUCGAGCCGUCUGGCCGCCUUCAGCAAGGAGAUUAGACUUUUACUCCCCACGUCCGUCCGUCUCAACCGUGGAAACCUUAUUCUCGACGACCUUGUGCAGUCCUGUAACAGAGUCGUGACCUUCGUCAACAAUGAAGACACCAUAGAAGUGCGACAACUUGAUAGCCAUGUUUUUGUCCGUACUUCCUACGACUCAGUUGAGCUUGCCGAGGUUGGACCGCGCAUGACCAUGCGGCCAUUCGAGAUUCGCGCCGGGACUCUCGAAAACAAGGAGGGAGACGUGGAAUGGCACCUCUCGCAGUACACUCGCACCGGAAGGAAGAAGGAGUACUUGUAA